AUGGUCAAUAUGCAAGCAAGAUCCACCCUCGCGGUGGCGUCUCUUUUUGCUGGGCUUUUUGUCAAAGCACAAGGUAUCUCUCUACAGGUAUCAGAAAACGGAGGAAAUGCCUCUAGUCCUCUUCUGUACGGCUUCAUGUUUGAGGACAUCAAUCAUUCAGGAGACGGAGGGAUCUAUGGGCAAUUGCUGCAAAACAACGGAUUGCAAGGCCCAACGCCAGAUCUCACGGCGUGGGGUAAAGUCGGCGAUGCCACAAUUGCGGUUGAUUCCAAGAACCCUUUGUCAUCUGCAAUCCCACAUAGUCUUCGAUUGGACGUCCCAGCAGGGGCUAAUGGCUCAGUUGGUGUCACAAACUCCGGAUACUGGGGGAUCCCUGUUGAUGGAAAUGAUUUCCAAACAUACUUCUGGAUCAAGGGCGCUCUAGAAACGAACGUCACCGCCAGGCUCGUUGGCAAUGGUACUGGCAUUGAGUAUGGUUCGAAGUUAAUCCCGGUGUCUGCAAACGACAAGGAGUUCACCUAUGUCGAAGCCAAGUUUCCGACUACAAAGGCGCCGGAUGGUAACGUCUACUUCGAGUUGAGUUUCGAUGGCAAGGCCAUCGCCGGUGGCUCUCUUUAUCUUGGUCUCGUUCAGCUGUUUCCCCAAACAUACAAGAACAGGUCGGUACCCACUUUAUCGAACCAUAUACAUAACGGCCUGAGACCCCAGCUGGCUAAUGCCCUGGACUCAAUCAAAGGAUCGUUCCUCAGAUUCCCUGGUGGGAACAACCUAGAGGGCGCAAGUGAAGCCAGACGAUGGAAAUGGAACGAGACCAUUGGACCUAUUGAAAACAGACCCGGCAGGCAAGGCGAUUGGGGAUAUUAUAAUACCGAUGGCUUAGGGUUGGACGAAUACUUCUACUGGUGCGAAGAUAUGAAUCUAUCGCCGAUUCUCGGCGUUUGGGAUGGGUUCUCAUUAGAAUCUGGUGGGAACACUCCGAUUACUGGAGAUGCUCUUACGCCGUAUGUAGAAGAUGUAUUGAAUGAGCUUGAGUAUGUACUUGGUGACAGCAGUACCAAGUACGGGGCACUGAGAAACUCAAAUGGUCGCAAAGACCCAUGGCCUCUGACCAUGGUUGAGAUUGGGAAUGAGGAUAUGCUUGGGGGUGGCUGUGACAGCUAUGCAGAACGGUUCACGGCAUUUCAUGAUGCCAUUCAUUCGGCGUAUCCUGAUUUGACCUUGAUUGCUAGCACAGAGGAUGCAUCCUGUCUUCCUAGCUCGAUCCCUAAAGGCACUUGGGUUGACUAUCACGACUACAAUACUCCGGACGGCCUGGUCGGUCAGUUCAACUUCUUUGACAACUUGGACCGGUCAUUGCCGUAUUUCAUCGGAGAAUGGGCACAGAAAGGUGUGGACUGGCCAAUAAUGCAAGGCUCAGUUGCCGAGGCUGUGUUUAUGAUCGGGAUAGAGCGAAACAGUGAUGUUGUCAAGAUGGCUGCUUAUGCACCUUUGUUGCAACUGACAAACUCGACCCAAUGGACACCAAACCUCAUUGGGUUCACGCAAAGUCCUUCGAUGGUCAUCGAGACUAGCAGCUACUUCGUGCAGCAGAUGUUUUCCGCGAACAGGGGGCAAACAAUCCGAGAUAUCACAAGUGACUCGCCAUUUGGACCUGUCUAUUGGGUUGCGUCAAACACGGAUGAAACCUAUUUCGUGAAGUUAGCCAACUAUGGCAGUAAGACCGAAACCAUCAGUCUCUCAAUUGCGGGAUCUACCAAGGCUAAACUGACUGUCGUUGGAAACAAUGAUGCAAAUGCUGCCAACACUGAUACCGAGACCCCAAUAACCCCGGUGCAAUCGGAGUUGAGUGGCAAAGAUGGCAAAUUCUCGUUUACCCUUCCAGCCUGGUCUGUUGGGGUUCUCGUUGCGACUUAG